GCAGUAAAAUACUAUCUAUCUUGACGCUAGCCGAUAAUUCCUCUGCCGCACUGUAGCCUGCUGGAGAUGCCAAGAUGGCUGCAAGCAAUUACUUCGGCUUUUCACAUGGUGCCGGUCAGUACAGCACCCAGCCUCCACCAGCAUACUCCCACCCAUCUACGGCCAGUUACAGUGUCCAGCAGGCUCCUGCUGUAGCUCAUGCUGUGACUGCCACAUCCUUCUCUGCACCACCAGUGCAAGCAGCACGUCCAGUUGCCUCUUCUCCUUAUCCUGCUUAUCAGAGCCACCAGGCCCCUCCAGAGUUCACCUACAGGCAACCAGACCCCCCUGCUGCCCCACAACCCACCACCACACCACAAACGUAUCAGGUGUUUCCUGACACGGACAAUUAUAGUUAUGCUCGCAGUGCUGCUGCAACCUCCUAUGAAAAUAAACAGUAUUAUCAAACAAGUAAUGCCCCAGCACAAAGGACCGCCACAGAAAAUUAUUACCAAACUGUGGGAGUGAAAAGUGCUUACAAUCCAGUGCCUACCACUGUGUAUAGCCAGCCACCUCCUCCACAGAGGCAAGUAACUGCUCUGAAACCAAUUGCACCGGCAAGUUCAGUGUCAACCAGCUACAACAUCUAUUCAGCAUCCACCAGUGUCCAGCAGCCCCCGACUCCAAUUUCAUCGUACACCUUAGGUUCUUCUUUUAGUUCCUCUGCAUCAGCCACAUCUUAUUCAGGCAUCAGUUACUCCAGUUAUGAUUCUGCUGGGUACACUUCCACUUCAACUCCAUCCUAUUUUCAGACUGCACAACCCACUCUCACCCAGCACCAGCCUCCUCCUCAGCAACCUCCCCAGGCUCAACAACCCCAACUGCCCAUCCAGUCUGUUCAUAAGCAGCUCACAAGUUCAUCUUGGAGCAAUUCAGGAAGUAACAUGGUGGCAACUCCAGCGGGAAACAGUUAUAAAAAGCCAUCAUUUCACCAAAACAAGUUGUUAAAGCCUAAAGGGCCGCCCAAGCAACCUCAGCUUCAUUACUGUGAUAUUUGCAAGAUAAGCUGUGCUGGCCCUCAGACUUACAGAGAGCAUUUGGAUGGCCAAAAGCACAAGAAAAAAGAGGCUGCUCUCAAGUCAGUGGGACAAACUGGGGCUAGUACUGGGCCCAGAGGUGUUCAAACUCAGCUGCGCUGUGAGUUAUGUGAUGUCUCAUGUACUGGAGUGGAUGCUUAUGCAGCCCAUAUUCGCGGGUCAAAACACCAAAAGGUGGUUAAACUUCACACCAAGCUGGGGAAACCUAUUCCAUCCACAGAGCCUGUGCUGAUCAACUUAAAUCCAGCAGUAACUACAACAGCGGGGAAACCCUCUGUCCCAGCCUCAGCCUCUGUCUCCACUACCUCUACAACUACGGGAGCUCCUAAAGUGACAGCUCUGUGCAAUGUAAAAACAUCGAUACCAUUAAAGAAACCAGCCCCAGCAAAAACAGUGAUCUCCAAUAAGCCAGUUCUUAGUUCUCCUGCAGUCCCUGAGGUGGUCAUGGCUGCUAAAAUGGAUGAGCCUAUGCAGUCAGUUCAAAGCGAUGAUGAGGACAGUGACAAAGGUGGGAGCCAAGGAGACAUCCAGCCAGUGGGGCACAAUUAUGUGGAGGAGGUCCUUAAUGAUGAUGGCAAAGUAAUCAGAUUCCAUUGUAAAUUAUGUGAAUGCAGCUUUAAUGACCCUAAUGCUAAAGACAUGCAUUUGAAGGGAAGAAGGCACAGGUUGCAGUACAAGAAGAAAGUCAAUCCUGAGCUCCCAGUGGAGAUUAAACCUAGUAACCGGGCCAGAAAGCUCCAGGAGAACAAGCUAAAAAAACAAAGACAAAAGGCUGUGUUGAAGCGUCAGAGGGAUGAUGAGCAGCGCUGGCAUAUGGAGAUGAGGCGAUAUGAAGAGGAUAUGUACUGGAGGAGGAUGGAGGAGGAGCAGAUGUACUGGGGAGAUCAGAGACGCAGAAUGCCUCCUCCACCACCUCUCAUGAGCAGGCCUGGUAUGCCUGUGCCUCCCCUGCUGACAUGUGUUCGCCGACCAGACUCCCCUGAUGACCGCCACAUCAUGGCUAAACAUUCCACCAUUUACCCAGUGGAGGAAGAGCUUCAGGCAGUUCAAAAGAUUGUGUCCCACUCUGAGAGGGCCCUAAAGCUGGUGUCAGACUCACUGCUGGAAAAGGACCCCAUUGCAGUCACCACGGCUGAUACUGAAGAGGGGGAUGACAAAGGCACUGAAAACUUAGGACGCCUCCUAAAAGGUGUGAUGAGGGUUGGCAUCCUAGCCAAGGGCCUACUGCUCAGAGGAGACCGAAACGUGGAGCUCAUAUUGCUGACUGCAAAAAAACCCACGAUCUCCUUACUGAAGAACAUUGCUAAACAGCUGCCAAAGGAGUUAGCGACAUUUUCUGAAGAUCAGUAUGAGGUGCAGGCUCACCCCGAGGAGGCGAACAUCAUCAUUUUUUCAAGCAAGGAGCCCAAAAUGCAGGUGACCAUUUGUCUUACCUCACCGCUGAUGAGAGAGGACCCUGCUUCUGAGAAGGACAAGCAGGCAGGAGGAAAAGCGGCCGAGAAAGGCGUGGACGAAAAGGACCCACCUGAUAUCUUGAACAAGAACAAAUGUUUGGAUUACUUGGCUGCCCUGCGUCAUGCAAAAUGGUUUCAGGCUCGAGCCAAUGGGCUACAGUCCUGCGUCAUCAUCAUUCGUGUGUUGAGAGAUUUAUGUCAACGGGUGCCGACCUGGGGGAAAAUGCCUGACUGGGCGAUGGAGCUGUUGGUUGAGAAGGUCAUCAGCAGUGCUGCAGGGCCACUCAGUCCCGGUGAGGCCAUGCGCAGGGUCUUGGAGUCCAUCUCAACUGGUAUCCUGCUCCCAGAGGGACCCGGGAUUCUGGAUCCUUGUGAGAAGGAGCAAACUGAUGCUCUACAGAGUGUGACAUCUCAAGCAAGAGAAGAUAUAACUGCAAGUGCACAGCAUGCCCUGCGGCUCCUUGCUUUCCGUCAGAUACAUAAAGUUUUGGGGAUGGAGUCUCUACCAGCUUCAAAAGCCAGUGCUCGCAAUCGCAAACGCAGACGGGAUGCCAGUGACACAGGCGAAGGAGAGGGUGAAGGCAAAAAAGACAAGAAGGACGAAACAGCUUGACCUCUGUUGAUCUGAUAGUUUAUAUGGCUUACAACUUAAAUGCAUCAAAAACAUAGUGAAGUACAGACUUAUCUCAAACACCACAUAAUACACACAUACAAUAGAUUUAGGAUAAGGUGUUUAAGUUGGAGAACUUAAAUAGGAAUUUAUUCACAAUAAAAACAAAGCUAUAUAUUGUAAUUAUAUAUUUUCAGAGAGUAUGUGCUCUGUGUGCUUCUGCAACUUAGGUUUUAAUUAAAAGAAACUUCAAAAUAUGAAGAUGAGUUGACCUAACUGGUAUAUCUACACUAUUAUAACAGUAAUUAUUACUGUGAGCUGUAGUGUCACACAAGCAGUACUCUGCACUAAGAAAAAAAAUAGCACAAUGAUGUGUUGAAUGCUAUGUUAUAAAAUGGUUCAUUCUAACAGAAAUGUUUUUGUUUUGUAAAAUAGUCGGAAAUUCACGUGAGGCAUGAGCUCCUGCAGAAAAUUCCAAAAACUUGUUAUAUACAAAGUUUCAGUAGUGGCAUGCUGAAGAAACUGAGCACUUACGGUAAAUUGCAUUAUUACUGUUACUGAAUGCCAUAAUUCUAUCCUUUGAAAAUGUACAUCUAUCUACCAAAGUUAUUAGCUAAAUGGUAUCUUGUACUUGCGUAAGACUUAAUAUAGACUGAAGUGGUUACAAGACUCUUACUCCUGCACAAAUUAUUAUAUUUAUAAUCUAAUGAAGUCAUGCAGGUAAUAUUUUGAGUUUGUUUUAGAACGUAACCUUUUAUUUUAUUGUGUGGAAACAUAACUUAAUAAAUAAUUUGAGCAUAAAAUAUACCUGUUAUUAGUGAUUGCUGUCAGACGUUGUUUCCCACUUUUGUAGUGCUGCUUAAAAGUGAGAAAAUAAAAUCUUUUAACAUAGUGUCA